UCACAAGCCUCAAAUUAAUUAAAAAUCUUUUCUUCUUUACGGACGGUAGGACUCUAUACUUUUUUCCCCAAUAACUAAACCUCUAGUAGUUCCCUCAAUUAUUUGUUAUGGAUUAUUCGCUGGAACCCGACCUCGCCGAUUUAGAUCCCGAAGUAAUUAAUAAAAGAACAAAAGAAGAUUUUUCAGAAGCUGCAGAUAAGCAUAUUAAGAGUGCAGAGGAAUUAGCGAAAAAUGGCUAUUUAGAAAAAGCUUUACAACUUUUACAUUCUUUAGAAAAGCAAACUAGAACAGCUGCUGAUGUCGCUUCUGCUGAACGCGUUUUAAUCUCAAUAGUUUCUCUUUGCUUUGAAGCAAAUAAACUUCCACUUUUACAGGAAAAUAUAGUUUUGCUCUGUAAGCGAAGAGGCCAGUUAAAUUCAGCGAUUACUAAAAUGAUCUCAAAAUGUUGUGAAUUUGUAGAUUCCAUUACAAAUUUGGAAGACAAACUGAAUUACAUAAAAACUUUACGGGAAGUCACAGAUGGAAAGAUUUACGUUGAACUUUUUCGUGCUCGCCUCACCAUGUCUCUCGCUAUAAUUAGAGAAGAAAUGGGCGAAGUUACAGAAGCGGCUGAUAUCCUCCAAGAACUGCAGGUUGAAACGUUUGGGUCGAUGCAAAGAAAAGAAAAAGUAGAAUUUAUGCUUCAGCAAGUUAGACUUUGCCUCGCUAAAGAAGAUUUCAUAAGAGCUCAAAUUAUUAGCAAUAAAAUUCCAUAUAAAACUCUUGAAAGUGAUGAUUUUCAAAAUGAAAAAUUGCGCUUUCAUAAGCUAAUGAUCCAAUUAGAUGAGCAUGAAAAGAAUUAUUUAUCCAUUUGCAGGCAUUAUUUGGCAAUGUACAAUACAAAAAUAGUGAAAGAAGAUGACGACUUAUUAAAAGAAAAUCUUAAGCACAUUCUUGCUUAUUUGAUAUUGGCGCCGUACGACAACGAGCAAUGGGAUUUGCUGAACCGAAUAUAUAAUGAUGUGAACUGCGAUAAGAUUCCAACUUAUAAGGAACUCUUGAAAUGUUUUAUAACUAAAGAGAUUUUGGAUUGGUCAGCUUUUGGGAAGGCAUUCAUUUCUGAAUUUGAGAAGUCCGGAUGUUACUCCUCUGACUUUGACGGCAAAAUGAAAGCGUUGUCCCAGCGAGUUAGCGAACAUAAUACUCGUGUAAUUGCCGGCUAUUAUAAUCGCAUUUCAGUAAAUAGAAUGAGUGAAUUGCUUGGCCUAAGCAAUCAGGAGACUGAAACUAUUGUUUCUGAUUUGGUCGUCCAAAAAAAAAUAUUUGCAAAAAUUGAUCGGCCUGCUGGCAUCAUUACUUUUUCGAGAGUAAAAGAUCCGAAUGAAAUCUUAAACGACUGGACCAAUAAUAUUAACCAGUUAAUGUCCCUCGUGGAGAACAACACUCAUUUAAUAAAUCUUGCACGAAAUGAUGCGGCUAUCAUGAAAGUUCGAACUUAAAACGAACCGAAAUAUUACUCUCUUUAUAAAUUUAAUAAAGUAGAAUUCUAUUAU